AACCCUAUUAUAGAUGUUCAUGCGACAUGUGACGCGCCCUAAGCGUGCUAGAGAGGGAAGGGUGGAGGAGGAGGAGGAGGAGGAGGAGGAGGAGGAGGAGGAGGAGGAGGAGGACGAGGAGGAGGAGAGGAGGAGGAGGAGGAGGAGGAGGAGGAGGAGGAGGAGGAGGAGGAGGAGGAGGAGGAGGAGGAGGAGGAGGAGGAGGAGGAGGAGGAGGAGGAGGGCACCGAGGGCAGGAUCUCGGGCCUCAUGCAGGGUAUGUUCGAUGUGACUGACAACCCUCUUAAGCGUGCAU